AUGACCGUGGCUCUUAAUGUUAUUUUUCUUUGACUAGACCAUGACAAAAUGUUUAAGAUGAGUGAAAAGAUCUUACUGCUGUGUGUUGGGGAAGCUGGAGACACUGUACAGUUUGCAGAAUACAUCCAGAAAAAUGUUCAGCUCUACAAAAUGAGAAAUGGUUAUGAAUUGUCUCCCACUGCAGCCGCGAAUUUUACACGACGAAACUUAGCUGACUAUCUUCGGAGUCGAACCCCUUACCAUGUCAACCUUCUCUUGGCUGGCUAUGAUGACCACGAAGGUCCUGCGCUUUAUUAUAUGGAUUACCUUGCGUCUCUGGCUAAAGCUCCUUUUGCAGCACAUGGAUAUGGUGCAUUCCUUACCCUCAGCAUCCUUGACCGCUAUUACAAACCAAGUAUCACACGUGAGGAAGCUGUGGAGCUCCUAAAAAAAUGUCUAGAGGAGCUUCAGAAGCGCUUCAUCCUAAAUCUGACUUCUUUCAAUGCCCGGUUCAUUGACAAAGAUGGCAUCCAUGAAGUGGACAAUAUACCCCUUCCAAAAGCGAUGCCCUAACCCCUGAGAUCUUUCUUCAGCAGUGGUCUUUUUUUGUUCACUUUUUUCUAUUCAUUUUGAAGCACACAAGUCAUGUACUGCACUGGGAGAUUGAAUAAAGAUUGACAUUUAUAUAGCCAGUU